AUGGCGUAUGGUGUUGGGGCUGACAUCGUUGACGAAUAUGUCAGACUAGCUGAAACAACUGCAAGAAAUUGUAUGAUUGGAAGCAUCGACUGUAUGCAUUGGGAGUGGAAGAAUUGUCCGGCCGCUUGGAAAGGAAUGUAUUCACGAGGACACGAAAAACCAACAAUUGUGUUGGAGGCGGUAGCUUCUCAAGACCUCUGGAUAUGGCACGCAUUUUUUGGAGCUCCAGGUACUUUGAACGAUCUUAAUAUUCUUGAUCGAUCACCUGUUUUUGAUGAAAUAAUUAACGGAAACGCUCCCGAAGUCAAUUUCCAUGUCAACGGAAGGGAAUACGGUUUGGCUUACUAUCUUGCCGAUGGUAUUUAUCCGAAAUGGGCUACUUUUAUUCAAUCUAUCCGACUCCCACAAGGACAAAAACAGUCUUUAUUUGCCACAACGCAAGAAUGCGUGCGAAAGGAUGUUGAGCGUGCCUUCGGAGUCCUCCAAGCUAGAUUUCCGAUUAUGAACGAGGUUCUUACCUUCACGCUUCAGAAUUUCAACAACAAGAAGAUGUCGAUCCCACUUUUGUAG